UCCUCAUGCCCAUUUCCCUUCAGGGAAACAAACUGAACUAGUUCACACUAGUUCCCACGCUAUAUUGCAAAGGGGAUUGGGCAAAAAGUGUAAAAUUAUGCAAGGUAUUUGUUUGUAAAAAACUGUUGACAGUGAGAGAUUGUUUGUGGAUAGCAAAACAAGUUGAGAUGUUUUUUUUUUGUGGGUGUGAAGCUUAUCUUUGGUUUAUCUGACUUGGAAACUCCUUUAGCUUGUCUCUUUCUACGGAAAUCCAUCUACAUUUCAAGAGGUGUGAACUGAAAGGGGAUCUUUGAAUCUGAAACUCUCUAAGCCAGCCUGCAAGAAGAGUGUGUAAGGCUUGAGGGCACAGCAAAAUAAAAGCUCUGAUCAGAGACAGCACCAUAUUCAUUUGCACUUCCAGACGAGCUCAGCUUGCUGUGUUGCCGCUAAGGUGUCUUAGCAUUUAUAGACAGAAAGUCUCAGUUUUGGAGGAUGGCUGCAGUGAGCACAUGCUUGAAGAAAACAUUCAUUUUUGUGAAUGUCAUUACAGGGCUUCUGGGAACUAUUUGGCUUGUCCUGACACUGUUUAUGCAUGGCCAUUACCAUGGAGUCUAUCAGAGUUAUGAAUUAGAGACAAUUGUGGGUUUAUCCACUACAUAUGCAGUUGGAGUUGGGAUAGUGGUAAUGUGUGCUGUGGGCCUUUAUGGCAUCCUCAAGAAGAAGCAGUGGCCACUGAUUGUGUUCUCUGUUGGGAUGUUUCUUGUCAGCUUGCUGUUUCUUGUGGAAGCAGUAUUGUCAGCCAUUGCAUCAAACAUGACGGAAGAACAUGCAAAAGUUGCAUUGAAACCGAAAAUGCCACUUGAUCAAGAGCCAUAUAUUACUCAGCAUAAGUUUGACAGCCUUCAGAACACGUAUCAAUGUUGUGGCUUUCAAAAUGGAACCAGUGACUGGGGAGACAUAAUUCCUAAAUCAUGUCAAUGUCCAGAGCUGCUUGAAAACCCAACAGAAUGUAUUGGCCUCAAUGUGAAGACCAUAUCUGGGGAAAUCCAGGUGUAUCGGCAGCCAUGUUUUCCCUACCUGUUCCACAUCUCGAUAAUGGUCUUCAAAGUGCGGACAGCGUUCGCGUUUAUUUGUCUAUUAUGUCUGGUUGUUGGUCCCAUCUUGUCCAGUGUAAUUCUGUGCCAAAUGAGAAGAAGGACAAUCACACCACCAGUUACUUUUACAGCACAUUCAAGUAGAGCAAAAUACACAGAGCUUGGAUGAGCUUCUUAGGAGAUCUUCAGACUGCAUUUUAGGACUUGAGACUUGCUUAUGCACUUGCAGGAUAUUUGGUCACUUGCUACUAUAAUCCUGUUUUGUGCCGCACCUUUUAGGAUGCUUGCUUAUUGCCCAUGAAUGGCAGCUAUGUGGUUUUCAUGCUGUACCAUAAAACAUUAUAAGCUUGUGAGCAUCUGCCUUGUAUUUGUUUAGAUUUCUAAUUAAUAUAUUUGUUAAACUGAAGGAUUAUUAAUGUAUCCAGUUUACUUUGACCAAAAGGUCUUAUUAGGCUUUGUCUUCAGAUUUUCACAGAAUGGGUCAUAAAUUCACUUCUAUGGUUAUAUACAUUUUCACUUAAUAAAUAAUCUCUUCAUCAGCAAGAUGGCCGCUAAAUGAACUGUUUAUUGCAAAUAAAUGAAGUGAAACUU